GAAAAAGAACAAGAAGUUCGAAUUGCUAAACAAAAAGCAGGGUUCUUUGCUCGUAAACAUGCUGAAAUGCGGAGUAUUAUUGGAGGGAAAACCAAAGCAAAAUUAGACAAAGAAGAAGUAAAAAAUGGAUGGGGGCUUCCUCGCCGAGGUUCUAACGAAGAGACCGAAGUCAUGUUCUCGUCUAACGAAGACAGUUCCUGCUCCGUUGCUUGGGUUUUUCAAAGGAUAUUUUUAGCAGCGUUAACAUCUCGGUCUGCUUCAUAUCCACAAACACAAACAAAUAUUCUGUCUUUUAAUUCUAAAUCUUUUUUAACUUUUCCACAACCAAAACAUCUUUUGCUUGUAUUUCUAGGGUUCACUUCAACUACUUGCUUGCCAGUUAUUACCACUUUUCAAGCAAGGAAACUCAAAAACAAUCUUCAUCCAGCAUCAUUAAUACUCUUGG